AACUUGUCAACUAACAAUUUGACUUGGCUUUUUGAUUACUUGGCAAUUAUUUCAGAAUUCACUAACUAAAAAAAAAUCCUAGACCUAUAAAUAUAAAAAUGGAGCUGAUGACCCAGAUUGAUACUUCCCUCCCACCAGGAAAGAGUCAACAAUGAAGCAUUUUGGCAUCAGUCAGAAAUGCCAAUCCAUCCCAGUUUUAGUAGCUAUGGCAUUUUUCUUGAUAUCUUUCCUUGGAUGUUUUCUUUUCAAUAUAGAAAAUUCUAAGUUCAUUGCAUUCAAAUUUUCAACACCCGGACUCCAAAAAACUCCUAAGAAGAGCCAUGAUAAAGAAAGCAUUGAAGGGAAACAAAAGGAGCUGCCAUUUCUUGAAAAACGAGAAGAAGAUACGAAGCAUGUAUUGCCACUAGAAUCCUGCGAUAUCUUCACAGGAGAAUGGGUUUUGGAUAACAAGACACAUCCUUUGUACAAAGAAGAUGAGUGUGAGUUCCUUUCAGAAUGGGUGACCUGCGUAAGGAAUGGAAGGAAGGAUUCUUUAUAUCAGAAUUGGAGAUGGCAACCCAGAGAUUGUUCUUUGCCCAAGUUCGAAGCAAAACUGUUGCUAGAGAAACUAAAGGGAAAGAGGCUUAUGUUUGUUGGAGACUCAAUACAUUUUAACCAGUGGCAAUCUUUGGUUUGUUUGGUUCAAUCUUCCAUUGCACCAGGGAAGAAGAGCUUGGACUAUUCAAGUUACACCUUUGUCUUCAAAAUUGAGGAAUAUAAUGCCACCAUAGAAUCUUACUGGGCACCAUUUCUAGUUGAGUCCAAUUCAGACCCUCCAACAAUGAGGGAUGGAAAAUCAGAUGCUGUAAUAAUGCCUGAAUCCAUAUCAAAGCAUGGAGACAACUGGAAAAACGUGGACUUCCUGAUCUUUAACACAUAUACCUGGUGGCUAAAGUAUCCCAAUAUCAAAGUAUUACGAGGAUCGUUCGAUGAAGGAGCCACAGAGUAUGAUGAGGUCGAACGGCAUAUAGCAUACGAGAGAGUUCUGAAGACAUGGGCAAAGUGGGUAGAGGAAAAUGUUGAUCCUAAUCGUACCUCUGUUUUCUUUAGCAGCAUGUUUCCUCAACAUCUACGGAGUUCAGAUUGGAACAACCCAGAUGGGAUUAAUUGUGCGGAGGAGACUAUUCCAAUUCUAAACAUGUCCACCCCACUGGAUGUUAGCACAGACAGGAAAGUUUUCGCAAUUGCUGCAAAUAUUACUCAAUCAAUGAAAAUACCAGUUCACUUCCUCAAUAUAACAACCCUCUCGGAGUAUAGAAAAGAUGCACAUACUUCUUUCUACAAUUCUCAUGGAGGAAAAUUACUUUCCCCAGAGCAGAAAUCUAAUCCUGCUGUGUAUGCAGAUUGUCUUCAUUGGUGUCUUCCUGGAGUGCCUGAUACUUGGAAUGAAUUGCUAUAUGCACGCACCAUGGCACAGUCUUGACUUUUGAUUCUAAUUUAGAAUCAAACUCGAGACUUUAUAAUUUAAAAACAACUCUAAUAUCAUUAAAUUAAAGCUCAGUAGCGUGCAGAUUGUCUUCAUUGUGUCUUACUAAAGCGUAUAAUGCUGUGUGCACAUAUUGUAGCAUAGUCCUAACUCUUUUAUUUUGUUCAUUAGAUUGACAUAGAAUCAAAUUCGAAUUCUUACAAUCCAAAGAAAAACUCUAAUAUUGCCGAGCUAAAACUAUUCAUGUAUAGUCACUUUCCAUAUGAAGAAAGGUUAUAUUCUUUGAUGAGGUUAAGGCUA